UGCUAAUGCUAAGCAAUGAAAUGAUUUUCCGUAGUAACUCCGUCACUGGUGAUAUUCAAAUUUGCGCACACUCUCUACGAUACGAGCAUUUUAGUGAAGUCGCCCAGCAAUCGGCAAAACUCAGGGACUGUGUCUUAGCAUAAGUUAGUCUUCAAAUUUCAAUCUGUUUGGAUCGUUUAUCUUAGAGCUCUCGCACACGAAAGAGAUAUUAUUAAAGAAAGUUCGUAAUGUUCAUUAAAGCAAACUAAAUUCUUAUUCAGAUAAAAUUAAAUUAUUUAACUGUAUACAAAGUUGUUCAAUUUCAUAAGGUUUAUUCAGUCAAUCCAGUCAAACUCUUAAUUAGAUUAUUUUAAUACUCUGCGAUAAUACUUCACAUACUUCGCAUGUCCAUUCUCUAAUUCCAUGACCUUACAACAAAUUCUUUAAAUUGUGUGAUAAUCAUUUUUGAAUAAAAUAAAUAACUAAAAUAUAGGUUUCCAUAAAUUUCUGUGAGUAUUUAAAGAAAGUUAUGGAGAAGUUACAAUCAUACCAAGGUUAUUUGGGAAGGUUUCAUGAGUGGCGUGAUGAAGUUAAAGACAAUUACAGAAAUUGGCGUGAGGGGAAUACAGUGAGAUGCUGGGAGGAUGCAAAAAGUGUCUUAAAAAAUUUAUCAUCAUCCAUCUAUGGUGAUGAAGAUUCCAGUCACAAUGAUUUCUCCCACAUAUACAGGCGGAAGACGCGACGAGAACUAGUGCGAAUAUCAGCGGCUGUGAUGGGGAUUGAGUUUUCAUAUGCUGCAGAGACAGCCUUCGUAUCUCCAACUCUCUUGAAAAUUGGAGUAUCUCAUCAAAGGAUGACUAUGGUGUGGGCCUUGUCGCCACUUAUUGGAUUUUUUCUAACGCCUAUUCUGGGCUCAUUGAGUGAUCGCUGUCGUCAUAGAAUCGGCAGAAGACGACCUUUUAUUCUGUUGCUGUCGAUUGGAGUUUUCUUUGGACUACUUUUGGUGCCAAAUGGUGAAAAUAUAGGUUAUGCCUUUGGCGAUUCUGGGAUCAAUACGAAUGAUACAUGGCUAAAUUCUACUCAAAGUAUUGCACUUCCUCAUCGAUCAUCAGCAACAAACUCAAUUGAGUUUGAGCCCCCUCCAAUACAAAAUCUUCAUCCUUGGGGAAUAUUCUUCACAAUUUUAGGUACUGUUCUUUUGGAUUUUGAUGCAGAUGCAUGUCAAAGUCCUUCACGUGCUUACCUACUCGACGUAACCCUGCCGGAGGAUCAUGCCAGGGGUCUUUCCACGUUCACCAUCAUGGCUGGCUUAGGAGGGUUUUUUGGCUAUUCUCUUGGUGGAAUUAACUGGGAUGAAACUACAAUUGGAAUUUUACUUGGAGGACAUGUAAAAGCUGUAUUCUCUCUCAUAACUAUAAUAUUCGUUGUAUGCGUAUCCUUCACCGUUACUAGUUUUAACGAAAUACCAUUAGAUGAGUUGGAGAAAAAAAUGCAUGAAGAUCAAGUUGAUCAAGAACCGCUACCCAUACCACAUAUCAAUACAAAACGACAUUCUGCAGAAAUUCAUAUUGGCAUUAUCAACCAUAAUAAUGAAAAUUAUGGGUCAUUGAAUGACAAAAAUGAUGAACAACUAUCUGUUCCAAGAAAUAAUCAACAGAGAAGAUAUACUCUUCCACCGAUUCCUAUUAAUUCCCCGUGCGCUAUUGCCGAUGAAGAAACUGCAGAGACAACUUUCACAGAAAAUGUAUACGUCCCUGUAACUGUUCCUGACCAAAAUCAAAGUGGGGUAGCUUCAUUGUCUCAUUAUCUUCUAUCCAUCCUCUGGAUGCCUUAUUCAUUGAGGAUCCUGUGUCUCACAAAUUUCUUUUGCUGGUCUGCACAUGUAUGCUACUCACUCUACUUCACAGAUUUUGUUGGAGAAGCUGUAUUUAAUGGGGAUCCAAAGGCCUUGGAAAAUGAUCCAAAACGGAUUCUAUAUGAAAGUGGCGUUCGCUUUGGAUGCUGGGGAAUGGCGAUGUACUCACUUUCAUGUGCUUGCUACUCACUCAUUAUUGAAAAGUUUAUUAAAAGAUUUGGCGCAAAACGUACCUACAUCGGCGGACUCCUUUUCUAUUGUACUGGAAUGACUCUAAUGGCACUUACAAAGCACCAAAUAGGAGUUAUCCUAUUUAGCUGGACAGCAGGUGUUAUGUACUCUACCCUUUUCACAAUGCCCUAUCUCCUUAUAGCCCACUAUCAUUCACAAGGAACAUUCGAAGUAACUGCUGAAGGAAAUGCAAAAUUAGGUACUGAACUUCGUGGUUUAGGGACAGAUAUUGCAAUUGUGAGCAGUAUGGUAUUCUUAGCUCAAUUCAUCCUGUCCCUGUGCAUGGGAUCCAUUGUAUUAUGGACUGGGACAACAACAGCAGUCGUCAGUGUUGCAAGUUUUCUCAGCUUCUGUGGUGCACUGUCAGCCACACAAGUUAUGUACCUCGAUUUGUAGUUAAUCAAAAUCAUGCAAAAAAUAUUAUUCAAAUAACUUUAUGAAAAGUCAUAUUUAUGUGCAUACAUAUAAACGGGAAAAUUACCAAAGUGUUUAAUAUAAGGUAUAUAAUUGUUAAAGAAACUUUAAGAAAAAUUAUUUUGGAUCAGGAGGAUCUGUGUAAUUAUACGUAUUAUUUUAUAAAUAUUUCAUUGUGAAAAAUAUAUUCACUCACUUGCUCUGUAGAAUUGUGACCACA